GUGCUGUUGCCAGGGAGGCUGGGGCCCGUGGGCCCUCACUGAGAGUCCGGCGGGUCGCUGGGCUCUGCUCUCGUGGGAAGGGAGGCGAGGGACGGGGCACCAUGGUGGACGCAGGCAGCCGGCGUGUCCUGCUUGUUGGGAACGUGUCUCGGCUGGAGGGCAGGAUUCUGUGCCCCGAAGGGAGCCGGUGGAUUUGGCAGCUCCUGGAACAGUGUGUGCAGAAUCCAUGGGAGUACUGUAGCGUGGUCAUGGGACUGAUGUCUAUCGUCUGCUUCCUGUUUGCUGCUUUACCACAACUUUAUGUUGCCUACAAAAAUGGGAAGGUUGACCAAGCGCUGUCUGUUGGGUUUUUGUUAUGUUGGCUAGGAGGAGAUUUCACAAAUUUCGUAGGGUGCUACUUGACCAAUCAGCUGCCAAUUCAGACUGUUACAGCAAUCUUUUAUUGCAACAUGGACAUUAUUAUGAUUUCACAGUUUGCCUACUACAAGUUAAAGAAUAAUAAAAUGCAAGUUUUAGGGACUGGAGUCUUGAAGGCAUUUUGUAUUUCAUGGGUCAUCGUGUGCAUCACCUUGUCUGUCAUAAUGCCUAGUCAGAUUUUUCUGCGAAACAAAAACAGGUUUGCUGACAUGGAAAUUAACAAGGAAAGUCUUGGCAUCACUGAGAUGUCAGGUUUUAUUUGUGGAUAUGUUUCCUCGGUUUUUUAUUUGGCCUCUCGCUUCCCUCAGCUUUAUAAAAAUUUUCAAAGAAAAUCUACAGAAGGUACAUCAUAUAUGUUGUUUGCGUUGGCCAUGCUUGGAAACUUUACCUAUGGACUAAGCCUGGCCAUAAAGUUACCUGCCAUCAGCCACGGCAAGAACCAAUACGUGGUACACCAUUUGCCCUGGUUUAUUGGUAGCUUUGGUGUUCUAAUACUUGACUUUUUUAUGACUGCCCAGUUCAUACUGUAUCGGAAGCACAAGAUAAGUGCAUCUAAUUUAUUGGCCCUAGAAGUGGAACCUUUGCUAGUGGAUGAAGAAGAGACCUAACUUUUGUACACAAUUCAGUUUACAUUCCAUAUUCUUGACUACUUUUACUCCAAUAAUUACUUGACUAAUUAUAUGCAAGUUAAGUCAAGUUUUAAGGAACCACAACUUGAAUCUGUAUAUGUAUUUUACUUUAGAAUAUUUAUAGUUCAUGUACUGUACAAAUAACACUUUGUGAAGUUGGGCAAAAUUACAUUUCCACAAUUAUUGAUGGGGCAGUGAAUUUCCUGUGUCUUAGAAUACUUAAUGUAGGCUUCAUACAAAUAUACAGAAAGUGACUUUUCCCAGAAUCAUUCUGUAUAUAACUACACCCAUUUUGUGCUUUGGUGCUAAAAUGCAUAUCAAAAGAAUAGUCCAAUGACCUUGGUACAGGUUAUUAAAAUGAUCUUACAACCAGUUACUACUGUUAAAUAUGUUCAGCUGGUGCACUCUAAUUUCAGGGGAAUUGGUUAUACAGACUUGCACUUUUUUAUUUAUUUUUAUUUUGCAUAUGAAUGCAUUACUGUUCUUAUGUGAACUUACAUUAGUGACUUGUAGAAGACCCGAAAAUAGAAUCUGCUCUGCAUCCACACACACUGUGAAGUUAUAAGCUAGUAUCUUAACCUUCAUUAAAUUGAAUUUACUUUAAGACACCUUUUUGUAGGGGAAACUGUCAAACAUCUUGAUAUCUAUUGACACAUACGUCCAAUGUUUUUUAAUGUGUGGGUUGUAACAAGCAGGCACUAUUUUGUUGCUGUGGAAUUAAAAGGAGUUUUGGCAUUAUGUAUGUGAGCCAUUUCUAUGGGAAUGACAUAAUAUACAUUGUCUUCAGGUUUUUAAUAGGCUGCUUGGAAAUAUUUUGUAUUUACUUGUAUUUAUAUUUUGUAAUGUAAAUAUAAAACUAACCUGUAAUUUGACUUC